UGUAACACGAAACUCAAGUGAGCACGAGGGUUGCCAAAAGACACAUCAACCAUUUCCCUUUCCCGCCGAGUCACGCACUACAUCACUCCCAAACUGAAAUUCUGUUAAUCCUUCCUUCAAAUUCAUCUCCUCCAUCUCAACACAGCACAACCAAACCAAAUAAUCAAUCUAUGAUAUCACUGUCACACUGUCCAUGCCCUUGAAAAGCUUUAUCCGGCGGAGACUAUUGUCUCUGCUCCAGCCAUGGCUCCGAGAAGAGCCUCACCUCGAUCUCCAAUUAGGGUUCCUCCACUCUCUCGCCGUUCUCACCAACCUCAGCUUCGACGUUUCCUCUCUAAACCGCCUCUUCGACGCUCCCGCGUUCGUGUUCUUUAAGGACCUCACCGUCGAUCGCAUCACCUUUAGAUUCUCCACCUGGUUCCCUCCGGCCUUCACGAUCGAACUUCACGGCGUGCGCAUCGUGCAAUCGUUCGAGAAGCCGGAAGCUGAGGAUUGCGUGGCGCGGUUGCGAAAUUCGAAGUAUGAUCAUUCGGAUUAUCUGAGAAAAAAACUCUCGGCUCUUGAUCCUGAGGGCUGUUCAUUGCAUCACAUUUUGGAGAGAAUCUUAUUUGCUGUAUCUGAGAAAAAAAAUUUAACAAUAUCUUUUUGGAAUAUUAUUUUGAAAAACUGUCAUCUAGUGGCACAUCGCAUUCACGUGGAGGUUCAAUUGCCAAUCUUAAAUGAUGAGUUUAUGUGUUUUGGGGAAAUACGUGAGUUUAGUGCAAGACCUAAAUGUGUGGAUAAAAAAUGCCUACUUAGAGGUUUUCUCCGUACAAUUUUUAUUCCAGUGAAAGAGAACACUGUUAUAUUAAAAGGUGAUGGAUUCAGGGUCAGAUUAAUUGGAAAAAAUUCCACAGACCAUGCUUUGGUUUCUUCUGAUGUACAAAUUUAUAUUACAUUCAGAGAUCUUAAGUUGGUAAAUUGCACUCUCUGUAUUCCAGAACUGGCUUUUUCAUUAUCUCCAGAUGGCAUUUCUGCAUGUAUACUUUUUCACAAAUUGCUAUCUAAUAAGUACAAUCAAUCUAGAAGUGCUGGAGAAUUGUGGAGAAUAGCUGCCAGCAGAAUUGGCCAUGUGAUUGUAACUCCUAGGUUGUCAUUAUAUAGAUUAGUUGGAGUUAUAUGUCAAUGGAUACAUUACGUCAAUGCUUAUGAGAAUAUCUUGCUGUUAUUUGGAUAUUCUUCUAGCUGCACAUGGAAAAACUUCAUUUCUAAAAUGUCUCGUAAUAAACCGAUUUUAAGUUCUGCUAGAUGUCAUUGGGAGUUGAUCUCUGACAUUGAGAAAAAGUUGCCUGUUGAAGGCAUAUCACUGGCAAGGAGAAUAGCCCGUCACAGAGCAGCAUUGAAGUUUUCAAUUAGUUGUCAUGAGGAAUUCGCUACUACAAAUAAAUUUUUUCGUCCUUUUCUUUUUAUUCUGGGAUUUAUGUGGAAAGUGAUCUCCGUGACUGUCCAUUGUCUAGCAAAUAUAUUUUCUGGGAAAAGAAUAGUGCAGGAUUCAGAUAUUGAUAGAUGUUGUUUAGAUUCAUUGGAAAGUCUUAUUGAAAACCCCUGUCAAAUUUCUUGUCUUACUCUCAACUUUGGGAAAAUCAUAAUGACAGUUUCCACAAUCAACAGUAUUCAUCCAUCUGUAUAUGAAAAGCUGCAGUCAUCUGCUGGGAUUGUCUGCUCAAAUGUCCUUUCGAUUUGGUUUCGUUUUGAUGCUUUGUUAUUUGUAUCUAUAAAGGAUCUUUUUGAACAGAAAGUCUUUGUAUCAUGUGGGCAAAUGAAGGUUGAAUCUACACCUUUGACAAUGGCAGGAGAUGCAUGUGCAGUGAAUCAACUUAGUUCAGCUAAAGGUAAUGAAAUGGAAGGUGUGAAUCGUAUGGAAUCUAUUAUGUGGGUUGCACCUGCUGAAGUAUUUCUUUCAGAAAUUGAUGCUGGCCAAGCUGAAGAUGCUUGUGAUGCUUAUAUUGAAAGCUUCAUGGAAAAGUUGGGCAUGAGUUGGAAAAGAAUUUGCAGAAAAUUGAAUGAUAAUGAGAUUGAGUAUUCUGAAAACCCAUGCCUUCUCUCUAAGGUUGAGAUAUCUUCCACGUGCCCUAACCAUAAGAAUCCAAAUUUUGGAUUUUGUGAGUGUGGUUUAGUGCUAGGGAAAUUAAAUUUAGUUUUGAGUCAUUCUUCAGUAUCAUUGCUCUCUCUAGUUCUUGGUAAGAUCCAACAUGCUAUUUACUGGGAGGACAGCAGGGAAGUGUCCAUUGCUUCAGAUUUUAGGGACAAAGCUGAAAUUGCUUGGGUUGAAAAAUAUGACUAUUCCAAAGAAUUGAUUAUGAUCUUGCUUCAAAAGCUUCCAGAGAAACUCAUUCAUUUUGGAGUAUUUUUUGAGGGUCUUUCAGUUAAGUUUUCACACAGAAGGGAUGCCAAUCAAGAAAUUGAUGACAUUAUCAGUCAGGACAAUUUUGAUCUUACUUUUGAUUUCCGUGAGAUUAAAGUGGUUGUCAGUUCAUCUUCUUCAUUUGAUAUGACGCCAAUGACAGGUCAAUUGGGGCAUGGCAAUGCUAAAGCAGAGUGUGUUAAAUUGGAGCCGCGGGUGAUUGAAAUUCCAAAACCAAGUAAUGAUAAAUAUUCAUCCUCAGGAAAAGUUUCCAUACAUUCUUUCCUUCAUCUAAAUGGCACAAAUAUUUGUUUGGAGAAACAAGAAGAAAACCAUCCGAUUCAACUUUGUCUAUUGAAGCCAAUCACUAUCCAUAUAUUGUCCUUUAGGGAUUGCAUUUAUUCCUUGAGCACAACAAUGUCUGCCUUAUCAACUGCGUCUGACAUAACAGCUGAAGGAUUCACUCUGUUAACAUUUUUGGACGAGGUCUAUAUGAUCUAUAAGGCAGUGUCAGGUUUGUCUGCUGUGGUGUGUUAUCUGUUUACUAGUAGCUCCGGUGAUAUGGGUUUCGUGCAUCCUGAAAUUGUGAAACAAGAAUCUUUGUUUGCAGCACGUGAUAGAAGUGAGACAACAACGACAAGGGCUUUAUUGACAAAUAAUGUCUGCCCUUUUUUUAUUGAUGUGACUUGCAGAUUCAAGUCUAUUGAGAUUGUUCUUCAUAAUUCUAGGACAAGUGAUGGUUUAGAGAGUUUUGCCACUAUUUUUCAUUCCUUAACUGGCAACAAAAUGGCUGUGCAUAAGUUGCCUGACCGUGGAAUUUGGAUGACGGUUCAGAACACAACUGUUGUAAUAUCUUGCCAAGAAGGGAAAAUGGAUCUCCUGACUGAUUUAUCCGGAGUCCUUUCGUAUGUUUUUGAAUAUCAGAGUUCAAUUGGAACCAACAUAGAUCAUAUUGUACCUGAAAGUUUACUACUGCAGUCUAUUAAUUGCUUACAUGAAGUAUCUCUUUCUGGUUUCUCAUUUACUUUAAGCUUGGAUCUUGUUCAAAAUGCUCUGUCUUCAGGUAAUGCAGGAAAAACAUUUGGUAGUUCUAAUGGAAAUUCUUCUUACUUCGUACGUGAAACUAAUUUGACAGCCUUUGAAAGGUCAAGUAAUCUAUCUCCCCAAUCAAUUCUCAAAAUUAGGUCUCCAUCAAAUGCCAGUGUGCCAGCUUCAACAAAUCACUGGUUACUAAUAGAUGUUGCAGUAACUAGUAUCUUCAUAGGGAAAUGCUCACUGAAGAGUGAACUGAUUCAAGCACAUAAACUAAACAAGCUUUUGUCUUUGCUUUCCAUUGGUGGAGAAUUUCAUAUGAUAUCCUGGGAGAUUCAGGGUGGAUUCUUUUUUCUUGAAACAACAUCUUUGCCAAUGGCUAUUGAUAGCUAUUCUUCAUAUAUUUGUUGUAUUGGCAAUCUCACUUCUGAUGCAAAGCUACCUAAAAAAGGCACCAAGUGGGAACAAAAUGUCAGAGAGAACUAUACUUCAGAUGAUGUUAUUGAUCGUGGAGCUAAUAGCACUUCUCAACAAGCUGCAAGUAGAUUGCCAGAAGCAUGUGACUUUUCUUUGUCUCAGUUUGCUUUUGUUUUAGCACAUGAAAAUGAAUCUGGUUGUAUUCAAGAAAUUGUAGUAGAGGUUGACAUCCAUAUGAAUUUUGAAUUGGAAAUUUCUGAGAUGAAAUUAACAAUUGACCUUUCUCGUUUAUCAAUUCUGUCUCAAACUAUUCAGAGGAGAGUGGAAGAUGAAGCAGCAAUUCCACAUUUUUCUUCUGUCACGUCAAAAGAUUUGUCACCUCAGCAUGCUUCAGGAAAUCCUCUUUCAGGAUUUCAGAAUUUUGCUCAAUUGAACUCAAUUAGUGAUGCAAGUAGUUCAAAAAACACUCUUCCUAUUCAGGUUAUUAGUCAUCAGAACCAGAUUUUGAAAAACUUAAGAGCUUUCCUGACGCUGGAGAAGCCAGAUAAUGGUGUUAUGCUUUUGUCUCGGUGUUGGUUUGGCACUGGUUCCCUUUUUGGUUUUGAUAUUACACUUUCUAUAUCUGAAAUUCAGACAAUUAUGUCAAUAUCCUCCUCACUCUCUGAGGUAGCCAGUCAGAAUACAAUAAAAAAAUUGGAGAAAAAUGAUUGGUCUUCUAGCCAUGAAGUUGACAAUUGUUUGGAAGCAAUGAUUCCUGAUGGGGCAAUUGUUGCUAUCCAGGAUGUCAACCAACACAUGUAUUUUACAGUUGAGGGUGAGGAAAAAACUUUCAGAGUAGGUGGUGUCAUUCAUUAUUCUCUGGUAGGAGAAAGGGCUCUUUUCAGGGUCAAGCAUUGUCGUCAAAGGGGGUGGAAUUCUACAGUUUUGUGGUUUUCCUUUAUAUCAUUGUUUGCUAAGAAUGAUAUGGGUGUUCCGUUGAGAUUAAGUUUUCGACCAGGAUCAUGUUUUGUUGACAUCUGUUGUACUAAUGAUGGAGGAUGUGCACUAUGGAGAGCCAAUCCUGCUCAGGGCGAAAAUGAUGUAGGAUUCAUUGACUCAGAGGUUAACAAUCAAUCCUUCAAGAGGAAUUUCUACCUUGUGAACAAAAAGAACGACUCUGCUAUUGCUUUUGUAGAUGAUGCUUUAGAGUUUGUCAGGAAGCCUGGAAAUCCAAUCAAGUUCAAAAUUUUUAAUGAUAUUACUGCAGCUCGCAGUGCUUCGGAGAUGGCUAGCUAUCCUAGAAUGGCUACCGAAACUACACUAUACACAGAUGAAGAAAGUACUUCCUGGCAGGGUGGAAAACUUCCUUGUAUUGAUAUUAAAGUUGAAAAAGUUUCUUUGAAUAUCGUUCAUGAACUUUCAGAUACGGAGUAUCUCUUCCCUCUCAUUUGCUUGCUCCUGAACAGUACACAACUCAAUAUACAAACAUUAGCAAAGAAAUCCAGGGUCAUUAGCACAUCAAGUGCAGAAGCACAUUAUUUUGAUGUUGAAAGAAACUUAUGGGGAGAACUUCUCCAUCCUUGCGAAAUUUGCCUUUUUUACCGAUCUAACAUGGAAGCUCAGCUUUCAGAAAAUAGAUCUCUUGCUGUGCCUGUUAAUUACUUCUGCAGAAUGAAAGAGCUGGACGUUUUCUUGAAUGAGAAUUCAUUGGACGUGCUUCUCUUUUUGAUUGGGAAAUUGAAUCUAUCUGGUCCUUACUCACUCCGAAACUCCAUCAUUCAAACUAACUGCUGCAAGGUUCUAGCUAUGGUGGAAAAUCAAACAGGCUUAAAUCUACAUGUUCACUUUGACCAGCAAAGUAUAAUAAUACCCAGAAAGCAAUCUGCGUCCAUUCUAUUAAGGGGGAUCUUUAAUUUGAAAAAUCAAGAUUCAGAAGCAGCUUCUAUUUCUAUCCAACUAACUGAUCUUGGUCCAUUUGCAACUUCUUCUAAUAAUGUCUUACUUUCACGAACACAGACUCUUGCUUGGAGAACUCGGAUAAUGUCUACAGAAGGUUCAACGACUUUCCCUGGGCCAAUAUUUGUGGUUAACAUUACUAGAAAUUCAGAGGUCGGCCUGUUGGUUGUGGUUUCACCUUUGAUCAGAAUACAUAAUGGAACUGGAUUUUCAAUGGAACUUCAAUUCCAGCGGCUUGAGCCAAAGGAAGAUGAGUUUGCAUCUCUGUUGUUAAGACCAGGGGAUUCUAUUGAUGAUUCUAUGGCUAUGUUUGAUGCCAUAAAAUUCUCUGGGGGUGUAAAGAGGGCUUUAAUUUCUCUGAGUGUUGGUAACUUCUUAUUUUCAUUUAGACCCAAAAUAGCAGAGGAACUGAUUAAUUCUGAAAGUUCUCUUUCUUUGGAAUGGUCGGAUUAUAUUAAAGGUGGAAAAGCUGUUCGUCUAUCAGGAAUAUUUAAUAAAUUGAACUACAGAAUUCGCAAGGCAUUAUUUGAAAAAUCAGUCAAGUGUUCCUUUAGCACAUCAUGUUGCACCCUUAAGUCUGGGGGGAAGAGUAUUGCGAAUAUGCAUUUUCUCAUUCAAACAAUUGCUACGGAAAUCCCUAUUGUACCCGAAAAGUCUGCUGUUGUGUUGAAAAAUGAUAAUCCAACAGUUUCAUUGCUAGAAAAGAAAGAAAUCUGUCUUCUUCCUACUGUACGGAUGACUAAUUUAUUGCAUUCUGAGAUAGAUGUCAUUCUUAGUGAAACAGAUCAGUCAAAUCUGGUUGGAUAUGACAAAAUUGGGAAGCAGGCAGUUAUAUCAUGUGGUUCAACAGUUGACUUUUAUGCCAAUCCAGAAGUUAUAUACUUCACUGUGUCUCUACCUUCUUCCAAUUCAAGUUCCAAGCCAGUAAAUAGUGGAGACUGUAUGAAGAAGUUUCUGAAGCAGAACAAUGAUGUCCAUCAUCUGGAUAUAAAUUUGGACUUUGAUGGAGGAAAACUUUUUGCAACCUUGAGAUUGUACCGUGGAAACAGGGGCAUACUGGAGGUUGUCAUUUUUACGUCCUAUUCCAUUAAGAAUGAUACAGACUUUCAAAUUUUUGUUCUUGAAACUAAAAGGUCUUCUUUAUCCAGAAUUGAAUUAGAGAACUUAAAUAUGAGUGUUCCUUCAGAGCUAGGUUUAUGCUUGCCACCAAAGUCGACUAGUUCAUGGUUCUUGAAAUCUGAAAGAGUGCUUCUGAAAUUGCUGGAGGACCAUACAUCUGAGGCACUGCUUGACUUUGGUUCUUUAUCAGGCCUUGCAGAGAUAAGCUUUGAAAAAGAAGAGGGAUCUGGAAUUAAAUCUGUAACAAAGCUUGGAAUUUCUAUUGGUCCUUCUUUAGGAGAAAUUGUUGUGCCAUCACAAAUGGUGACUUUGGUUCCACGAUAUGUAAUUUGCAAUGAAUCUGAAGAAUGUUUCACUGUUCGCCAAUGCUAUUUGCAGGAUGAGGUGGCAGGUGCUAUCUCCAUUAGCAGCAAACAGCGAAUGCCGCUACAGCUGAAGGAAGGAUUUAAGAAGAUGAGAGAGUUCAGUGUAUUUGAGCAUUUUAUCAGAAAGCACAGAAGUUCCAGUGACAAUACCUUGUUUUAUGUUCAGAUUCAAUUAAAUGAGGCUGGAUUAGGAUGGUCUGGGCCAGUUUGCAUAGCCUCUCUAGGACAUUUUUUCCUGAAAUUCAGAAAACAAACUAAUGAAGUUACAAUAUCAGACAACAGAAUGACACAAUUCGCAGCAGUGCAUGUGGUGGAAGAAGGUUCUACACUUGUUUCAAGGUUCUACAAGCCCCCAAAUAUGAGCCUGCCUUAUCGAAUUGAGAAUUGUUUGCAAAGUCUAUCAAUAACUUACUAUCAAAAGGGUUUGUUGGAGCCAGAAGUUCUUGGACCUGCAUGCAGUGCUGAUUAUGUAUGGGAUGAUUUAACCCUUCCUCGAAGAUUGGUUAUCUGCAUCAAUGAUAGCCUUCAAUUACGAGAGAUUAAGUUGGAUAAGGUGCGAGCAUGGAAACCAUUUUUUAAACUUGGGCAGCAAAGGGUAUUAGCUCCCCGUUUGCUUUUAGACAGAAGAUCAAGAGAUCAGAUGAUGAGUUUCAGUCAUCAUAAUGGCCUGGAAAUGGAAAAAGUAGGGUAUGAAAUAUAUGCAGAGGGUCCAACAAGAGUUUUGCGAAUUUGUGAGAUCCAUAAUAGUUUCAAGAUGGAUACAGUUCUUGAUUGGUGUGCAAAAGUUCAAUUGAGAGUUUCUCAGUUUGCAAUUCACCUACUUGAGCAUGUAAAACAGGAGGAAGACAACAAUGAGCGCAAAGAUUUUACUCCAAUUGUAAUUGCAAAGCUUGGGAAUCUACACGUGAUUACUGUUUCUAAUAAUAAUCAAACAUAUAACCAAUUCAGUUUACAGUACAUGAAUUUGGAGCUUAAGUGGAAUGGAUCUCCUUUUGCAUCAAUGCUUCGCAGACAUCAACUAGAUUACAGUGACUCAAAUGAUAGUGUACUUAAGAUUGUUUUUGUUGUACUUACGUCAUGUUCCAACGUUAAGCAAUUUAGAUACUCAUCAAUUUUUCUUCAGCCGAUUGAUUUGAAUCUUGAUGAGGAGACAUUGAUGAAAGUUGCGUCAUUUUGGAGAACUUCUCUUAGUGACUCUGAGAGUCGACGAUUUUACUUUGACCAUUUUGAAAUCCAUCCAAUAAAGAUCAUUGCAAGCUUUAUCCCUGGGGAAUCACGUUCAAGUUACAACUCAACGCAGGAGGCUUUGAGAUCCUUAAUUCAUAGUGUGAUAAAGGUACCUCCCAUAAAAAACAUGGUAGUAGAAUUGAAUGGGGUCCUAAUUACCCAUGCUCUGAUAACAAUACGUGAAUUAUUUAUUAAAUGUGCACAACAUUAUUCAUGGUAUGCAAUGAGGGCCAUAUAUAUUGCUAAAGGAAGCACUUUACUUCCCCCAGAUUUUGUUUCUAUUUUUGAUGACUUGGCUUCAUCAUCCCUUGAUGUAUUCUUUGAUCCAUCUCGUGGAUUGGCAAAUCUUCCAGGACUCACCUUAGGUACUUUUAAAAUUAUAAGUAAGUGUAUCAAAGGUAAAGGUUUUUCAGGGACAAAACGGUACUUCGGUGAUUUAGGGAAAACUUUGAGAUCAGCAGGCUCCAAUAUUGCUUUUGCAGCUGUAGCUGAAAUAUCAGACUCUGUUCUGAAAGGUGCAGAGGCAAAUGGUUUCAAUGGAUUGAUGAGUGGCUUCCACCAAGGAAUUCUAAAAUUGGCUAUGGAACCAUCAGUUCUCGGAACUGCAUUGAUGGAAGGUGGUCCCGAUAGAAAAAUACUGCUUGAUCGAAGUCCAGGAGUUGACGAGUUAUACAUUGAAGGAUAUAUCCAAGCCAUGCUGGAUGCAGUUUAUAGACAAGAAUACCUGAGAGUCAGAGUUAUUGACAAUCAGGUUAUCCUGAAAAACCUACCUCCAAAUCAUUCCCUUAUCAAUGAGAUAACAAAUCGUGUUGAGGAGUUCCUUGUGAGCAAGGCAUUACUUAAAGGAGAUCCGUCAACCGUAUCCCGCCCUUUAAGCCGUCUUCGUGGAGAAAGUGAAUGGAGAAUAGGACCGACAGUCUUGACAUUGUGCGAACAUCUUUUCGUAAGCUUUGCAAUACGCAUACUGCGAAAGCGAACUAACAAGUUUAUAUUCAGCAUCAACUGGAGGAAGAAGUCCGAGGUUAGCAGUCACGCAGAUGUGCCAGCGAAUUCUAGUCAAAAGGGACAGAAAAUGAGUUUCAUUCGAAAAUGGGAUCGGCAAAUUUGUCUUGUCUGGCUUAUUGGCAUAUAUCGAUGGACGUCUAUGUCGUGGCAUUCCCAAUCCUGUAGCACGGAGAGUAGUUAGUGGUUUUCUAUUGAGUUUUAUUGAUCAAAAUGAUGAUGAGUAAAUUCUACUAUUGUCAAUAAGGAGAUGAACUCAUUUCAGAUAUGCUUGCUUUGAUCAGUUUAUUUUUUAAAAAACAAUUUAUUUUACAAAGGACUUUUUUUUUCUGAAAA